CCGCCGCCCCUCAGCUGCUCUGCCUCGUUUGCCUACUUCUUCUUCCUUUUCCUAUAGCUCCAUCCACUUCUUCUUCCUUUACCCUUUACUCGCUCCUUCACCGCCAGCCAUGUCUACCCAGCCGCUGCUCCAGCGCACCGCCGGCAAGCGCAUUGCGCUCCCCGUCCGGGUCGAGCCAAAGGUCUUCUUUGCCAACGAGCGUACCUUUCUCUCGUGGCUCAACUUCACCGUGACCCUGUCGGCCCUCGCGGCGGGCCUGCUCAACUUUGGUGACAAUGUCGGACGGAUCAGCGCGGCCAUGUUUAGCUUUGUCGCCAUGGCCAUCAUGGUCUAUGCCCUCGUCACAUACCACUGGCGUGCAGCGGCGAUCCGAAACAAGGGAAGCGGCCCCUACGACGACCGUCUCGGCCCGACGGUUCUCUCGGUCCUCCUCCUCAUUGCCGUCCUGGUCAACUUCAUCCUCCGGUUCCAAGAAAAGAACUAAUGUGGCCCAUCCAAGUUCUCACACGCCCUCUUCUGCGACUUCCUGCCUCGUCAUCGCUCCCGUUCCCAUUCCGGUAUAUCAUACACCAGUCUCGACCAGCGGUCGGCUUUCAUACAUUAGACUAGCUCGGCAGAAGUCCUCUCUCGAGGCAUCGGUCUAUUUCAAAGGUCGUCUGUUGCACUUGCCGAGGAAUCUGUCCUGUAGUCCUCCCGACGUAAUUGCCG